CUCCAUUUCAUUUUCAUUUCCGUUCAAUUCUAGUACUUUUGGGGUUUAGAGAAAAAAAGAGAUCAUUCUAUUACUUUUAAUAUUGUAGUAAACUUUCCUGUUAACCGCUAAGGUGAGGUGGGGCCUUGUUCUGGGGGUUCCCGGUGGGGGAAAGAUUGCAGAUCUCAUAAUUCUAGAUUCUCAGGUAUAGGUUCCAGUGACUGAGUGGGAGGAGCCGUAUGCGAGAAAGGAAUCGCUCAGUAGUUUUCAGAUUGGGGAAUCUAGCCCCUGUAAUACAAGCAGGAAAGGAGAAAUACAGCAUUCUGUGUUAUUACUGUAGCGUUAUUUCAGGGCAGUGUGGUCAGAAGAUUAGAACAAGUAAGUUCUAAACAAUAUCUGCAUAGUUGUGUGAAGCUGAAGCCACAUGCAGUCAGCUUUAACCGUAAGUCAUGUGACUGCUGUAGAUUUGUAGAAUCUGGCACUCUAGUGAAGAAAUUUGGAAAUGUAGAGGAGCCAAAGGUUGAAUAUGAAAGUGUCACGUGCAGCUUAUUGUAGUCUGACUCUAUAUUUGAGUUGAAGGAGUGGUGUAAAAAAAAUAGGAAAAUUGUUGAAGACGUGGCAUUGAGGAGACAAAUUUGCUAAGAGGUGAUGGAUGAGUGCAUACAGUGUUAUCCGUAAUUUCUCAGCGUUUUGAUACCAGUAUUCUUAGUAGAUGGUUCUGUGGAUUUAGGUAGACACUAAUUUCAUGUCUUUGGAGACAUAGCCAGUACUGUGGGUGUUCCGUGAAUAAUAGAGGGGAAAAGGGGAAUAGAUAAAAAAUCAGAAUCAGAGAUGUGAAGACAUAAGAAUAUCAGAGUAUCUAAUAUUUGACAGUUGGGAGGAAGGGUAUAGAAUAGGGGCUAGCAAUUCAAAUGUUGUGGGGGCUGGACAGCAAGAUAGAAUAAAGCAGUGGGAAGAAAUGAGGACUGGGGUACUGGGGAGCACAUACCUCUUCUAAAAAGGCAACCACUACUCAAGUCCAGUGGGUUAUUACUAUGUAGGAGUGAGAAUUCAGUGCUAGCAGAUUUUCUGUUUUUUUAAGAAAGAUAGGGAAUCUGGAUUUUUAUGUUAUUCUGAUUUUUAAAAGGAUGUGUAGAACAUUCAGGCUGUUUUAGGCAUUGGUUAGAGUUUGCAGGAUGCCACUUUGAUACUUCUGGUAUAAGAAUUUAAUUACCACAGGAUAAAGGCAAACGCUCUUGUACCUGCUGUUAGAGCAAGCAAAGAUUUUGCAAGUGGUCCAAGUAGAUGAGCAUUAAGCAAAGUUUUACUUUUAAGAACUGAUAUUUCCAUAAAACCAAAGGAUAUAGUUGUCCCAGCAGUCCUAAAAAAUUUUCUGGAAAAUAGUCACUAACAGGAAUUUGUUUUGCUUUAGUUCUCUUUGAAGUAUCACCACAUACUUGUGUUUAUACAUGUAUUUGAAAAUUGAAUUCUUUUUUUAGUUGUUAUUAUUCCUAAUAAUGUAGAGUCUGUUUACAUUAACUGAAAUUUUAUGUUUGGGGCCCAGCCUAUUUAAAACAUUUUUUCUCCAACUCUCCAUUUUUAAGAUCUGCCCCAGGGCCUGAUCAGGGUUGUUGGGUAGGGAUUGGCUAGAGCUCUCAUAGGCUUCCUUUGCAGAAUUAUCCAUUGAAUUGGAAUUAUUUUGGCUUUUCAGUGAGGGAAAAGUUUUCUUCUUUGUGAAGUUCUGGCUCACAGUUUCUUGAAAGCUUUCGGCUUUUCAAAAUGUUCAUUUACGUGGGUGUUGAUAUAAACUUAUUUAUUAAAUUAUUAAAAUGUCUUCACUCUCCUAGAAUGCUAAUCUCAUUGUUUUGCCUAGGUGUUUUUAAUUUGGUGUUAAGGUGCCAAGGAUUUUUCCCUUUGAUUUUGGGGGUAGGUAAGGGGAGUGGGUUAGACCCUUUGUUUUUGUUUUGACAUAUAUACUUGUUAAGACUUUUAAGAUAAAUCACAACAGCAUGGAGAAAAAAGAGUUGUACUAUAGGCUAAUUUUAUAGUAUGUCAAAUAAUUAUUGUGAAUGAGUAGGGUAAAAAAGAUUGUAUUUUUUCCUUUGUGAGUACAUCUCUUUACUCUCUGAGACUCAGUAUAGAUAAUAAAUAUAUUUUUAAAAUUUUGCAGGGGGAGCCCUUAAGCUUUACCUUAGGAAAAAUGUUCAGAAAAGGGUGUGGACUGUGAAUAACCUAAUAUUUAGGUCUGUAGACCAACUUUUAAAGUUACUUGGAAAAAGUUCUGUGGGUCCUAAUAUAAAAAGAGACAUUCGUGUUUUGUAACCUCACUACAGUAAGUACAACCUUACUACAUAAGAAAUGUAGGAUACUCAGCAAGAACGGAGUUAGGAGGUAAGGCUAACCGUAAGAGAAAGUGAAACUGUUUUGACGAAUAUUUUUUUCUGUUGCCUCAGUGCAAACGGAAAACAGCUUCUCCAGUAAGCUUUUUUAAAGGAGGUAACCCCAAACAAUUUUUAUUACUCAAUUCAAACACUACAGAAUCCCACUGAUGCUAUUUUGUUUAUUUUUAUUAUUUUUUGGAGGGAAAAGCUUGCAUUUUAAAGAUAAAUUUCUGGGACAGGUAUAUAUUAUGCAAAGGGUUCCUUUUGCUUUGUUUCUGUUUGGGAAAUUUCUUUUGGAAAGAGUGAAAGAAACCCAAGGCCUUUUCCAACAUACUGCCCUUCAUGGCAGCUGAAUGUGUUGGAGUUAGAGUAUACCUGUGGGAGAUUUAAAAACAGAUUUGUGCAAUUCUACUUCUGUACAUUACUGUUGUGACAUAUUUUUAACUUCUCAGAUCUCUUAGCUUCUUUAGGAAGUGCAGUGUAUUCAGAAAGAAAAGAGCUUGGUCACCUCUGAGAGUGGAAUCCACCCAGGAAUUGAGGGGCUGUUUUACCUGGAAUCAGUUGAAUGGCAAAAGUGCUGCAUGAUGCAUGUACUUUGUCUCUGCUUAGAGUGUUGACAAUGAUGCAGAACUGUCAGGUUUGGUCUCUAAGUGUGCCUGUUUCGUAGAGCAAAGGGUAUUAUGUUUAAAAAUUCUUUUUUUUUUUUUUUCAAGAUGCCAGUAAUGGUGAAAUAGUUGAUCAAAGAUUCCAACUCAGUUUUUAAUUAAAAUUUCCUGAUCGAAGAAGGCAUCCUUCCUCUUAAAUGACUAGUUUGAUGGCGUAUUUUGAUAAUAGUGUUCCCAAGUUCUUUUAGGCACCACGUGAUAGACAAAAUCUGGAUCACAAACUUACUCAUUAGAUGAUGUUGGGAAUGUCUUAGCUUCAAGCAGGAUAGGGAUUGGGAAAUUGAAAUUAAUAAUUUUCUCUUACAGUCGUUAGUGAGUUUAUCUCCUCCUGGCUGCCUGUUAUUUCAUGUUGCAGUUUCAUGUUAUUUAAAAUGAAUGUUUUAAGCUGCUUAGAAAUUCAGUUUUAUUUAUUCUAUCUGGUCCUGAUCCACCAGAUAGAAUAAAUAGAUCUUUUCUGAUGAGAAUUUUGGGCCUGUGUAUUUCCAGUGUUAAGGUUAUUAGUGUUUAAUAAGAAUAGCUUGAUAAUAACCCUAAGCAAUACUACCUUCCAUCUAGAAUGAAUCUUAAAGGCAAUAAAUGUUUAGUGAACAACUGUAGUUCUCUGUAUGCUGAGAAUUUUCUAUAUUGGAAUUGAAAAGAUUCCAACUGGGUGAGGCUGGUGUCAGGUAAUCUGCAUGAAAUGUAUUGUUGUGGAGAGCCUUGUGCAUCCUUAAAUAAUGAAGCAUUUAUUUCCCCACGCUGUUUGCUUAGAACUUGCAGGAAAUUAGGCUGCUUACUGAUGUCAUACCUUGAAUGAAGAUGUGUUCUCUAUGCAAUAAGUUGGAAGGAAAUAAUUUAAAGAGAUUUCCCUCAAUUUUGAGAAGACCUGUUUAACUUAGAUGACCUCCUACCAGUUUAGCAACUUCUUGGCUCACAGAAUAACAUUUGCUUUUAGCAUUUAACAACCCUUAAGAUACACGUGCUUGUUAGUGUCAGAGAUGGACAAAUUGUAGGUGAAGAUUUUUAUUCUGGCUGCCAGUGUGGAAAGUUUGGUGGAAAUAAAACUCAGGCUGAAUAAAAACCUUGGCAGAAAUGGCCAAGCUGGAAGCGAUUUGGUGCUGGAGUUCCUGUUGUGCAUCUGUGAGCCACUCUUCAGUAUUGCAGAGUCAGUAUUUGUGUUAGUUUAAGAUGCCCUGAAGGAAGAGUUUUCUGGUAGAAACUGCAAAUCCGGUGUACUUGAAGCAAAAGCCCUUCCUUAUAGGUUGUGUACCUGAGGUAUCUGGGGGCCUCCUGUACAGCACAAGAAUACCUUGUCUCCUAGAAUUGUGCCUGAGUGCUUAAUUAAUUCCACAAGGGUGCUUUCAGUACCACCCGUUUUCAUUAUCAAACAUCUUUCUCAGUACAGGAAGGAGAAAGCUGGCUCAUCUGAGUUGAGCUUUAUUUGUUCAAGACACAAUUGUUUGCCCCCCUCCCUUUUUUUAAAUCAGUUUUGAAUUUAUGGGAGGAUCUCAGAUGUCUCACACUGGAAGUCUUCGCCCAGUUUUUCUUUCUCAGCUCUGAAGUCUUGGCCCCUUCAAAAAGAGUUGCCAGCAAGUGAAGACAGUUAACAAGGCAGUGAUAAGUCUGGCAACUGGCCCUCCAUUUGAAUGAGGAGUGGGGGAGCAGUGUUACCAGGUUGGAUAGAUCUGUGGUUUGGAAAUGUUUCUCAAACUGAAUUCUCAGCCUUGUGUAAAGGUUUUCCAUAUGCUCUUUCAAGCCACUAUAGUGUAUCAUUAAGUUCAAAGUUGCCUGGAAUUAGACAUGUUAGUUCUGCGUAUUUCUAACUUGCUCUUUCAAGUGAGGGGUAGGGAGGAGAAAAAUACAUCCUUGUCAUUGUCUCAGAGAGCUUUAAAACUGACUGGUUAAGCGUAGCAGCUCUGGGAUGGACAUGGCAGCGGGGAUUGGUCUAAAAUUCCAUUCUUCUGCUAGUUAAAUUGGGCCUGGAACCACCACAGAAAUUCCAUCCACUACUUUGAGAACAGUCUCCCGCCCAGGCUUUCUACCAGGCAGUAGACUGCUGCCUUUCCUUGUUGAGCCAGCUUCUCAAACUUGGCUGGCUCCCCAGAUGAGAAGCCAAGAUUUCUGCUGAUGGUCCACAGCCAAGUUCACUUACAAUCCUCUAACCGAAAGACUUGCCCAUUUGAGUCCUUUCAGGGCUCAGUGAAUGGGAAGGAGGUAGUGCAUUGUGGGGAUGAUUUUGGUGUUAGAUUAUACUUAGCUCCACCCCUCUAGUGCAGGCCUGAGUGAAACCAAGUCCAACUCAAUUCUAGCAUUUUGAGAUUUGCAGGUCUUUCCCAAAAAGAAAACAGACACUUAGAAUUUUAUUUGUAUCAACAAGAGGGAUUGUGGGUAACUCUGGUGUGAUUGCUUUUGUGCACAGUUCUUCACCUGGUAGGAGGGCCAGGAAUGGGGUGAUUUAGUAGUCAGGAGUAUCUUGGGCCACUGCUGGAGAUGAAAGCUGGGCCAUUAAUUUGCAUGUAAAUAAGCCACCUUAAGGAAGUAUAUAGCCAAUGCAGGAGAGUCUUGAUACCUGCCAAAUGUCAUCCCUCAACUUUCUAAGCUGUUUAGUUACAGUCCAAGUUAGAACCCAGCCCAGUUUACCUGUAUAUAGAUGACUAAAGGGAUCAGGAAGUAAGAAAAGGAUUGGGUACUUAAAUAUCUUUAAUGCCUUCAUAUUUUAUGCUGCUAUUUCAUAUGGCUCUGAAAAGGCAUCGGACGUUUUCUUGCUGUAAAGUCGUAUGAUGCAGAGUAGCUCUCUAGCCUCAGGUUGUCUCUUGUUUCUAGCUUGAUUGUCCCCUCAAUUUCCCCAUAAUAUUCCAUAUGUCAUGAUGGUUCAGUAAACAUUCAUUUUACAGUGGAAUCAGACUUGAUAAGGAGAGCUUUAGAAAUGCUGCAGGCCCCUGCCCUGGAAAAGAGUGAUAUGCUGUGGAGAACCAGGUCGUGAUGGGAACCCUGUGUCAGAUUCAACAGAGCCGUAGGUGAGGUGUUGUGCUUGAAAGACCAGCAAGUAACUAAAAUUACCACAGCUACUCCCAACCUCCUCUUCCUCAGUAAUGACUUAGACUUUUUGGAUUAGAUAAUAUGAGAAUUUCAGGUCCUUUUCAUCUCUACAAUUCCUGUCUGGAUUUUUGUCUGUACAUCUUGUCUAAUACAGGAAUUCUUUUGAGGCAGCAUUAUUCUGAUGCUAAGCCAAGUAUUUCCUCCUGUUGGUUCAUUUUUAAAAUUCCUGGUACUCUGUCUGGGUAGAUUAAAGCUACUUGAACUUCCCAUACAGACUUGCUCUUUAGGUAAACUCAGUGCAGCCUUGUAUAUUCAGGGUAAAUUCUCAGAGUAUCUUUAUUUCCAUAACUCCCAAAGUGUAGAUGUGGUUAAGUUGUUGCUUCAGGUUAAGUAAGCAUUUGUGUUGUGUUUAGAGGAGAUUUCCCUUUAACGAGGACCCACUGAACAGUCUCCCAGUGCUCCCAGCAUUGUCACUUCUGCCUGGAGCUCCAGUGCAUUUUGCCAUUCCUGAUUGUUGGCAGUCUUCCUCCCUGUCCAGCUGACUGUUCCUCUUUGUGGUUCUGAGCAGGACCAGGAUAAAGAUGUUGGUCUGUGAACAUUUAGAAAAUGCCAAAUCAGUAUGACCUGCCACAGGUGCUUGAGGAAAUUUAUUCAGAGCCUAUGGGUGUCAAAAGAUCUGCCAUCUAUGAACUUGUCUUUCUGGCACAGCCUGUGUGAGGCGAAGCCCUUGGCAGGAUAGCAUCUUGGAGCUACUUUAAAAAACAGGAACUCAGAGUGUAGUUGUUGUCUUUAUCAGCUCUGUUAGAAUGAUCUCAGAUUCAAGCACCUGGGUUUUCUAGAGGUUUCAGUUUCUAUCGUAUAGUUUGGCUAGAAGAUCCUAACCUAGUACCUUUAGUGAGCUGGAGACCAGACAGAGACUCAUGGUGAUGGGUUUCACAUGGAAAGAAGCACUGCACCAAUGACUUAACUCCUUCCCUGGGCACCCACCAUGGGAAUCUCUUACAGUGGGGGCGAUCAUACCCUAUAAAGGGGCUGCUGGAGCUUUUCCGUGUCACCUCCCAACCACAGACUGGCAGCUGUUCUGUCACAUAAGUAAGUUGGAGAAAGGACUGGUGUUGCAGGAGAGUCACAUUUUGUCCCCAUGAAUAACUUUUCUUUUACUUACGCAUGAGCUGGAUGGAUCGAGCUACUUUGGAUGUUCCUGUCGCAAGCCUUGCUCACCACCUUUCUCCCCCUUUAGCAGAGCCUAAAUCUGGAGACUCCUAACUGCCCACCUCGACAAAUCCUUCCCACUCCAAUCACCAGGGACAGCGCUGACAGCAUUUACUUCCAGGCUAUACCCCACCUGCCUUGUACCAAGCAAAACGAGUGACAUUUCUAAUGUGCUCUUUCUCCCAUUCUUCUAGGCUGACAAACGGGCUCAUCAUAAUGCACUGGAGAGAAAACGUAGGGACCACAUCAAAGACAGCUUUCAUAGUUUGCGGGACUCGGUCCCAUCACUCCAAGGAGAGAAGGCAUCACGGGCCCAAAUCCUAGACAAAGCCACAGAGUACAUCCAGUAUAUGCGAAGGAAAAACCACACACACCAGCAAGACAUUGACGACCUCAAGCGGCAGAAUGCUCUUCUGGAGCAGCAAGGGGAAAGCGAGAGCUGAUCAAGUUCUUUGUUCCUGGGGAAUUCACUUCUCUUCCUCCCUCGUGGAAGAUGCAAGUAAAAGGAAAUUCCGUGCACUGGAGAAGGCGAGGUCGAGUGCCCAACUGCAGACCAACUAUCCCUCCUCAGACAACAGCCUCUACACCAACGCCAAGGGCGGCACCAUCUCUGCCUUCGAUGGAGGCUCAGACUCCAGCUCGGAGUCAGAGCCGGAAGAGCCCCAAAGCAGGAAGAAACUCCGGAUGGAGGCCAGCUAAGCUAAGCGGGGCAGGCCAGCAAUAAAAACUGUCUGUCUCCUCCGUCGUCUCAUCCUCUUUCAGUUCAUCAUUAGAACCCUCAGAACCAUUUAAGAGACUCUUUAUUUUUCUUACUCUUUUUGUUUUUUUUUGUUUUUUUUUUUUAAUUUUUAUUUUUACGUAGAAGCUCUUGGACAACAGCUCUCGUUCUCCUCCGUUUCCACUAUUUUUUUUUUUUUAAACGUUUUCCCUU